CUUUUUUCGGGAGUUUUCUCAAGUUUUCUUCAGAAGUUUCAUUCUCUGGAAGUCAAUUCCUUUGUCUUCCUCUGCAAGUUUCACAUUUCUACGAACGAAUUGGCGAAUUAAGUUACUGUUGCUGGGAAAAUAUGAAUCCUGGUGGUUAUACGGUUGAAGUGACGGGCUUGUCUCCUAAAGCAACAGAGAAAGAUGUCCUCGAUUUCUUCGCUUUCUCUGGCGCAAUCGACCUCGUUGAGAUUAUUAGAUCUGGUGAUGAUGCCUGCACUGCCUAUGUAACAUUCAAAGAUGCUUAUUCUCAAGAGACUGCUUGCUUGCUGAGUGGUGCAAAAAUUAUAGAUCAAAGAGUAUGUAUAACACGGUGGGGAUAUUUUGAUGACGAAUUUGGUUUUUGGAGUAGGUCUUCCGGUCACCAUGAAGAAGACAGUACUCCUGCUUCGGCACAAAGAAGUCAGUUUAUUUCCAGUGCUGGUAACGCAGUGACCAUGGCUCAGGAAGUAGUCAAAACCAUGCUGGCCAUGGGUUACGUGCUGGGUAAAGAUACAUUAACCAAAGCCAAAGCCCUUGAUGAAUCUCAUCAGGUUUCAACAACGGCAGCAGCUAAGGUAGCAGACUUGAGUCAUAGAAUUGGCCUUACUGACAUGAUAGGUGCGGGCUUUGAAGCGGUUAAAACUAUGGAUGAGAAGUACCACGUAUUGCAGACCACCAAAUCAGCUAUAUCAGCCACAGGAAAAACAGCUGCUGCCGCUGCCGAUACCGUGGUCAGGAGUAGCUACUUCUCUAGGGGAGCUCUUUUCAUGUCUGAUGCCUUGAAUCGAGCAGCCAAAGUUGCAGCUGACUUGGGUAGCCGUGGUCUUGAACAUUAGUGCGAGAGAGUGCUUCUACUCAUCCGUUGUAAAUAAAGAAAUUUAAAUGCAUACCUUAAAAUUUUCAAGUAUUACGAUAUUUUAUCAGAGCGUACAUUCAUCUAAAAGCUGUAUGUAUAAGUUUAAACUUUACAUUUCAUAGAUUUCAAUCACACGUACUAGUUCAUUUGACCCCACAGGUUUGCUAAAUUUUAACACCAAAUUCGGUAAAAUUCAAUCAGAGAUGGUCUUUAUUGAGUCA